AUGGAUAAUAUUCAGACGUUUUUCGACAAAUAUGUACAUCUUCCCAGCGAACUCUCCGGCAAAAAUGACCACGCCUACAUCAUUCUCAUCCUCUUAUCAGUCAUUUUAAUUCUGAUUCUUCUCAUCUGUAAUCUUUGUAUUUGUUAUUUCAUCAGACAACGACGGCGUCGAGAGCUCAUCGACUAUCCAUCCAACACCCUACAGUACAUCCCCUUCCCACGAAACAUUCGAAAACCGUAUCGAUCGGAUUCUUCGAGUAGUCCAUCGUCGUCGAAUCGAAUGAUGCUCCCGCCACGUCAUCAUGUUUGA